ACAUGUGUGAUAACAACAAACCGUCUGUUCAGGAAAUAUCCAGACUUUGCCUCGAAAAAUUCGAAUCCUUGCCGAAGACAGGGAAACCCACAGCUAAUCAAUGGACGAUUUUAGCGGGAAUUGUAGAGUUCAACCGGAAAACGGAGAGCAGUCAACUGGUGGCUCUUGGAAGCGGAACCAAGUGCAUUGGACACUCCAAACUUUGUUCCAGAGGCUUCAUUUUAAACGAUUCACAUGCAGAGGUUUUAGCUAGACGUGCCUUUCUUCGCUUUCUCUACCAGGAACUGAAGCAGGAGAGGAUCUUCCAUUGGAAUAGCCAAUUAAAUUCCUAUGAACUAGAUGAUCAAGUGGAAUUCCACUUUUUGAGCACUCAAACUCCUUGCGGAGAUGCUUGUAUCCUGGAUGAAGAGGAACCGGAGAAGAAGGCUAAACGCAAGCGACUGGAUGAGGAAUCCGAGAUGGUUUAUACAGGCGCCAAGUUGAUAGGUGAUCUAGACGAGGAUCCCAUGCAGCAAACGCCUGGAGUGCUGCGAACCAAGCCAGGACGUGGAGAACGCACCCUGUCCAUGUCCUGUAGUGAUAAGAUAGCGCGAUGGAAUGUACUGGGAGUGCAGGGUGCCCUACUCGACUCUGUGAUCUCCAAACCCGUAUAUUUCACCAGUCUAAACUUUUGUUGUGAUGAUGCCCAGUUGGAAUCCUUAGAGAGAGCCAUCUUCAAACGCUGGGAAGGCAAGUCCUUUGAGCAUGAGCGCUACCAGCCCCAAAAACCACACAUUCGCAUCGAUUCUGAGAUCAAAUUUGAGUUCUCCCAACGCUCUGAUUGGCAGCCAUCGCCCAAUGGCUUGGUUUGGUCGCUUUUGCCAGAGGAAUUAAGGCCGUACGAAAUUUCUGUAAAUGGAAAGCGACAGGGAGUGACUAAGAAAAAAAUAGACACUCCGCACGCUGCUUUAGCAGUCAGCAAAUAUAAACUGUUCCUUUCUUUCUUGGAUCUAAUAAAAACCAAUCCAAAGCUCUGUGAAAAGUUUGAUCAAGACACUUAUAAGUUUGAUGGUACCACAUAUGCCUCCUGUAAAGACUUAGCUGCAGAUUACCAGCAGGCUUGGCGUCAAUUGAAGGAGAAAUACUUUCUUCAAUGGACCAAAAAACCUCAUGAACUGUUAACAUUUUGUAAAGAACCCAAUAAAUGACUAGAAAAUCGAAUCUGGCAAAGAAGGCAAUGGGGACCUUAAGAAGCGGAGGUAAAAUGAGAUAUUCGCAGUCUUUACCAAUCGUUAAAUCAUUGAUACAAUCCUGCAAACAAUCCCUUUCAGCAAAGAAUCAAAAUACACCUGGUUUAUCAUAUGCAACAUUUAAGCGUGUUAUAUUUAGUUUAUAAUACCAUAAUAACAUAAA